UUUACGUUUACCUGUCACGUCAGUUCUCUCUUGAGUCUAACUGCUUUUAGACGUAAAAUGUCAGAGAUAAAGAAUAUAGCAUUUAAUUUUAGCACGCUACGAAGCGGCACGUCAUUGAAAAUACGACUGUUUUUAUACAUUGUAACAUUCGUACACGCUGUGUUUAUGUCGUUGAAACUAUUCAACAUUGAUUUCGGUUCAUCGGAUGAUCCAAAUAUGCGUCAAUAUUCGAAACUCAAAUGGAAAUUGAUAACAGCUUGGUUUAAUCUAGUAACUUUAGGAUACUUAGUGAUCUGCAUUUACUGUGAUUGGACUGAACUGACAGAAAAUACCAAAUCGAUUCACAUAUAUAAAAAACUAAAGAAAAUUAAGUCAUUUUCAUUUUCAAGCGUUAUUUUCCCAACAACGGCUUUCGCAGAUAUACUUUUCUGGACAAUCUGGCAUCACAAGAAGGAGCUAAUGAUGCCUCUGUCAGCAGAUAAAUACAUUACUAUUUGGGAUCAACAUAGUAUGCACACCGUUUCCCUUAUAUUCGUUUUAUUUGAAUUGAUAUUUGUUAAUCGAGAGAAGCCUAAGAAUAAAGUUGCUGAGAUAUUCGUAAUGAUUACAUUUAUCACCCUAUAUAUUAUAACGUGUUUAGUUAGUUUACUUAACGGAGAAUAUGUUUACCCUUGCUUUAAAUUAUUUUCAUUCUACAAACUGCUGCUUUUAAUGUUGUAUACAUACAUAUCACAUUUAUUCUAUUAUACUAUUCAGUGGGCGAUUGUAGAUUUGAUUAAUAAUAAUUACCAAGGAAAUAUUUCCCAAAAACUGACGUAAUUCCUUCGAGCAUUGAAGCUGUAAACAGAAACUGUAGCUACAUAAUUAUAUUAGUUGUUUACACAGUACUAUUAUUUAAAGCAUGGAGGAGAUAAAGGAAUUGACUAUUAUUGUGAAAAACAUUUCAUCACCGUCUUCUUUUGCCAAUCGAUUUAUUAAUUCGAAAAAUUCUCAAAGAAAACAUUGUACACUGAACAAAAUUACAAGAAAAAAUAAUAUUGAUAGUUAUAUCACAAUCUGAAGAACUCUUCUGUACAAUUGUCUGUGGGAGAUAAGCCCAGACACGGCCAUACGAUGUAGGUGAGGAGCAGGAGGAAGCACAGACGGCCACACUUACACUUGGAACACGGCUAUCGACGCCUUAACCCCCGUUUAGAAUAUAUAUUCAUUAAUUUCGUAAUUAAAAACAAUACUAACAAAAAUAAUUGAAAAUAUUAUAAAAAUACUUUUCGUUUUUACUGGUGUGAAAAAUGGAAAAGUGUAUAGUUUUAAUAAAUUGAUAAGGACACUA